CGUUGCUCUUGAACCGUUGUAUUUUUAAACGUUUUUUGUCGUGAUUUGUGCUGUUACAAAAUAAUAAGUUAAUACAAAGACAGAUAUUUCAUCCGCUUUAUGUGUAUAGUUUUGCUUUGUAAGCUUUACGAAAUUGUCACCAAUGUCAGGCUACACAAAACUAGAAGCCACAAACUGGACUUAAAAAUUUAAACCUGACAACUGACAAUUCCCUGAUUUGCCGAAAAACCCGGAAAUUGAGGGAUAUGCGAGCUUUGUUGAUGAAGUAGGAGGGAGAGGUGUAUUUUUCCAAUAACAUAACAACUUCAAAAUGGUGGAAGGAGACAGUAAGGGGACCAUUGACACAGUGCAAGUUGCACUUAGAAUUAGGCCAUUAAUGCAACUGGAGACUGAUAGGGGAUGUGAAGAGUGUAUUGAUGUGGUUGCUGGGCAGCCUCAGGUCCAGAUAAAAGACUUGGCUUUCACAUAUAAUUAUGUAUUUCCUCAACACAUCACGCAGCAAGAGUUCUAUGACACUGCCGUCAAAGGUCUUAUUGGAAAACUCUUUCAGGGAUAUAAUGUAACAAUACUAGCAUAUGGCCAGACAGGCUCUGGCAAGACUUAUACUAUGGGAACCAACUAUUCCGGAUCUGAUGGUGAUUCUACUAAACUGGGUGUAAUCCCCCAAGCAGUGGCAGACAUAUUUGAUUUCAUCGAGACACAUGAGGACAAGUUUAUAUUCAAAGUGAAUGUUUCCUUUAUGGAGCUGUAUCAGGAACAGUGCUACGACCUGCUCUCAGGGAAGGAGAGGGGACACAGUAUUAUAGAGAUUAGGGAGGAUAUUAAUAAGGGGGUGAUUCUGCCAGGUAUAACAGAGCUUCCAGUGACUUCAACUAUGGAGACCAUGAUGGUGUUGGAGCGAGGAUCGUCUGGCCGUGUGACAGGAUCGACUGCUAUGAACCAGGCCUCCAGCCGAAGUCACGCCGUCUUCACUAUAGUUAUUUGUAAAGAAAGUAGGACUGAUAAAAACCUAGCAACCACUUCAAAGUUCCACCUGGUAGACUUAGCAGGGUCUGAACGUAUAAAAAAGACGAAAGCGAGCGGUGAGCGGCUUCGGGAAGGCGUUAAGAUCAAUCAAGGUUUACUGGCGCUCGGCAAUGUGAUCUCAGCUUUAGGAGAUGGAACCAACAGGAGUUUCAUCAGCUACAGAGAUAGUAAACUUACGAGAUUGUUACAAGACAGUUUAGGCGGUAAUUCCUUAACACUAAUGGUGGCGUGUGUAAGCCCUGCUGAUUAUAACUUGGACGAGACUGUCUCCACACUGCGGUACGCUGACCGCGCUCGGAGGAUACGCAACAAACCUAUCAUUAACCAGGAUGCAAAAGCCGCUGAGAUUGUUCGGCUGAACAACCUCGUAAAUGAGCUAAGACUGCAAUUACUAGGCAAAAUGCCGACAAUCUCUGAACAGAACAACGAACAACUACAAGAAGAAUUGGAUAGAGAACGAGCCAGAUACCAGGAGUUGUUGAAAAAGCAUAAACAAGUUACUGAACAUCUCAGUAACAUGUUGAUAGAAAAUACUAACCUCUGCGAAAAGGCUCUACUAGCUGAAGCAGCCAAGGACAAGAUAGAACGCAAACUAAAUGAGCUCACAGAGCAAUGUAACCAGACCAUAGAGAAUUUGAAUACCACAGAUAAAGACGAUGAACACCAGAAAUCAACAGUUGUGGACUAUUUGAAAGAAAUUAAGUGUCGUUUGGAAGACCUGCAGUCUGUUAACUUGAAGACCAAUGAAGAGUUGAUUGAUCAUGAGAUUAAGUUGUCAUUCGUCAAUGAUGGUGAUCAUGAAAAGGUGGAUGAUGAAAUGCCAUUGAAUGAAGACCAAGCUGUCCUGGAGGAAGAGAAGAGAGCAAUGGGACAGGUGGCUCUUAACCAAGAACUUCAAGAGCUGAAUCGCGCUAUGGCGAUCAAGGCGUCCGUGGUUCAAGCUAUACUGGCUAACAACAAGGAUAUGCUGGAGAACCACAAGAAUCUGCGAGAGAAUGAGGAGAAGAUUGCUCAUUUGGAGAAGGAAAGAGAUGAGCUAUUGCAGCAGUUGAAGCAGACUAAGAGCAAGGACCCAUCUCACGAGGAGCGUCGUACUAAGGUUUCAAGCCUAGAACAACAGAUUUCCGAGCUGAAGAAGACUUGCCAGCAACAAGCUCACAUCAUCAAGACUAAAGAGAAGAAUGAGGCUAAGAUAGCCGCGCUGAACGCUGAGCUACAGGCUAUGAAGGCUACUAAGGUGAAAAUAAUAAAACAAAUGCGCGAGGAAAGCGAGAAGUUCCGCAAAUGGAAGGCGGACAAUGAACGCGCGAUGCUGCGCUUGCGCAACGAAGAUCGCAAGCGUGCCACUGCUAUGGCCAAGAUGGAGUCUCUGCAUGCCAAGCAACAGAAUGUCCUCAAACGGAAAAUGGAGGAAGCCGUCGCUGUUAAUAAGAGGCUUAAGGAAGCCCUAGAAAGGCAGAAGUUCUCUCAGAUGAAGCGCAACGCUAAAGGCAGCGUGAAGGCGGGCGCAGUACAGCAAUACAUUGAACAAGAGCUGGAAGUACACCUCAGUAUUGUGGAAGCUGAGAAGUCUUUAGAAGAGUUAAUGGAGUACAGAGCUUGGAUAACGGAGCAGAUAGAAAACCUACGUAACAGUACAGACGAAGAAGCCAAUAGAAAGAAGAUUGCUGAAUUAGAAGAUGACUUGGCGCUGCGUAAGGCGCAGAUAUCUGAUCUGCAACAGAAGAUUUUGACUGCUGACCAAGAAAACAAAUCACGCACACAAUGGGACAACAUUCAAUCCAUGUUAGAAGCAAAAGUUGCUCUAAAAUGUCUAUUUGAGUUGUUGGUGGACGCUAAGAGAGAGCUGACGAAUCAGAGCGAGAAGGGUUACCAAGCAAGAUAUGAAGAGAUCAAGGAGGCUCACGAUAGACUUGCUAUGGACUUUGAGAAUAGUAAGGCGGAGUUUGAGAGGCAGUUAUCGCUAGUGAAACUGCAGAGUGAACAAAAGUUAUCAGCAUUAGUUGCGCUCCAACGCGGCGUGGUCGGCAAAGGGGACAAGAGUGAGGCCUGCAAACAUCUGCAAAACGUAAUCCAAUACCAACAGGAGAGGCUGGAACAAGUCGAGGAGGAAAAUAAAAAGUUGGUAGACGAGCUAGAACAACUGCGGUCAGCUGGUAAGAAGGCCAAGAAGCGUCCGAAGAAGGAGAAAGAAGAAGUGGAAUCAGUAAAGAAGGUUGAGUAUGUGGAGCCUACUGACGAGGAAGAUGAUGAGUUUGAGGACAGGAAUAAGGAUCCCGACUGGAGAGCCACGCCUUUGUUUAAACGUAUACAGGCUCAGCGUUCCCGUCUGACAAUGAAUUUCACGCAAGCAGACGUAUCAGUGGGCACAGAGCCACCUCGCGCCGUGAAGCGCGGCAGUGACGGCGCGGCGCACUGCACGUGCCGGGGUUCGUGCUCCACCAAGAUCUGCGGCUGCGUCAAGUCCGACAAGGGAUGUGGUUCCACGUGUCGCUGCCAGCCUGAACUCUGCAAGAAUAGGCGGGUUUCCUCCGAUAGCGAGGAUAAGGAGAAUAAUCCGUCAAGCACCGAGCUAUCGCUAGACACGACACCGCCAUCAUACUUCGACAAGCGAGGACAUCUUGAUGCUACGUUCGUUAAGAAGAAGAAAAGCUACUUCUUUCCGCAUGACCAGGCGAAUGGUGACGAUAAUGCAAUAAAGACUGACUAAUCAUCCGGGCCUAUGACACAUAGCAGUAUCUAAUAUUAUAGCAGUAAAUAAUUAUUAACUUUAGUACUUUACAAUAAUGCUAAAUUAAAGUGCCUCAUUAUGUUUAUCAAUAUACACGUUACACUAAAAACGACUUUAUUGUAUACUAAAUCAGGUGUAAAAUGUAUUGACAUGACAUGUGAUUUUAAAUAUUAUAUUAUUCUACUCACGACUGGGUUUUGAAGUCGCUACGAAAUUACGCGUGAACGAAAUCCAGUCUGCUAAUGACAUUUUGUUUUAUAAAUUAGUGGAGUAGAGCUCCUAAUAAAUAUUUAUUUUAUAG